UUUUCUGUUAAUUUUUCAUCCACAGAGAGGUCUGUGGAGCUACACUUCCGGUGGAGAGAUGAACAUUGCACUUUGGAAAUGCUCAUAGACAAAAAAUCCGACGGGUUUAAAGUCAUCGAAACGAAUCUAGAGAGCGAGGUAUCACUUUUCAGUUAAGAAAAGAUGCAUGUAUGUUAUGGUAGGUUUUUUCAGCUGAAGUUGAUGCUGCUGGUGAUGAUCAUGAUGAAGUUUCCGUUGUUUAUAUCCCUUAUGUUUAUUUGUGUUAUUGUUGCUGUUUAUUUUUUACUUACUAACGUUGAUAAGUAAAUUAUUGAGUUAAUUUCACUCCAGCCGUUAGAAAAGGCGUGUUUUCUAUUCAGAAUACAGACAACACGUGUCUGAAGGCCUGUAUGGAUAAAUGAACAAUUAGGCUGUUAUAUCGUGACUGCGAAAUAUUCAUAUUACCUUAUUUAUUUACUGGUAGAUGCACCAGAUAAGCCGUCUCCCAGGAGUGCAAGUGGUUAAGCUUGAGAGCCUCAGGUACAGUAACGUCUCUCAACCCAAACCAUAGUAAAUAAUUAAAUCUAUAGCGAUGUUUAUCAUGCUAAAACAAUCAUAAGCUAAACAUACAGGGUAAGACUAAAUAUCUUAAUAGAGCCAUUGAUAUAGCUUCAGUGAUACUGUUGAUUAUAAAGUAAAUCUUUUCCAGCACUCAAUACUAAGGACGAAACCUUGUGGAUUGAGAACUUGCUAAAUCACUUGAAUGCAGUAUGAUUUGACGUGUGUAUGCUGAACAAAAUUGCAAUAGUUUCCGAAAACAUUGACGAAACCUUUGCAUAUGAUCAUUUAAAUCAAAUUUUUUUCCUUGUUUUAGACCUGGAAGCUUAAUUGUUGGCAUCAAAGUUGGUGUGCGAGAUUCACAAGUUAAACAGAUGAUUGUGGGAGCAAAACAACUCUUAAAAAACUUUACCAAAUUUGACUCUAGCUUCUUUGCUGUAAAGGACCCUAAAGGUACUAUUUAAUUCAAUUUCCACAAGUAACGACUAAUCAUAGGCUUUUUUUAUAAUGAUAAUUUGAUAGGACUGAUAGCUCUACCACAGCAGACAGAAAAGCAAAAAUAGAGAAAUCAUGGAUCACUAGCAACACGCACUUAUAGAAAAUGGGUGGAAUUGAGUGCAUGAUUUACCAAUAGCAUAUUCAGUUGUGUGAAAUGAUUUAACGCUCAGAAUUUGCUCGAACACUUGUGCAAACUUCGCGGAGCGCCUCAGGCAUUUUAACUAAUAGCUAGGAUAGUUAAGUCUAUCACAGUGCGCAGAAAAGCAAACCUACACUUUAAAAAAAAAACAUGCAUUUGAAAAACUAUCUAAAUCAGAGCUGUUAGUAAGAGCCGGUGGCAAAACCAAAUGGCUUGCUCGUUAGCCAGCCACUUUGACCUCAUUUUACCAAAGGUAUUGAUGAAAGGUCUUACAGCUAAAGUUUGUAUGGCAACCGUUUUCCAGUUUUGGUUGGAGUUGCCUGCAUGAUUGAUCAGUAAAAUGUUUAGAUUUGUGAAACGAUUCAACGCUCAGAAUUUAUUAGAAGAUUCGUACGAGCUUCGUGCAGCAGCGCCUAAAGAAAAAUUUUCGGAAUAUUUCCCCGUCUUGUGUGUAGAUUGACAUAAAAACUUCACGUUCACAACAACCUGGCCACCUACCAUUUCAUAUUUGCCUUCUACCAUCAAUUCUAUUUACUACCCUGUCUAAAAGCGAUCGGUAUUCAGUUUCUCAAUAAUAAAAUGGUAAUUUAUGUAAGUGAUUAAUCAAUGGUUACCUUUUUUCAUCGGGCAGGGUCGUCCUUCUGCACAAUGCCAAACAUUUCUCUAUCAAACCUUUCUCAUGACCAUGACAAUACUCUGAGGAUCAAUCGCUCAGCCUCCUACGUAGUAAGAGCAAUUAUCAAUAGCGAAAGUCAACAAAAGGCUCUUGUUACUUGGAAAAUUGCACAAUUACAGAACUCUCGACGGAAAACAAAUGUGGACAGGAAAAAUGCUUUUAAAUCCACAAGUAUUUCCAUGGAGGAAACUGUACUUGGAAAUACAACUAUUAUACAGAAGGAAAUAUCAAAACACACCCUUCAGUAUGGUGUAUACUACAUUGAGGUUCUGGUAAAUGCUACUGGUUGUAUGAACUACAAUUAUGGAUUCUUGCGAGUCACUGAAACACCUCUACAUGUGGCUGUGUCAACAGAACCUCCACUGGAUAAUAUUCUUAAAGGAUACCACAGGUAUCUUGAAUUUAAUGCAUCAAAUUCUUUUGACCCUGAUGUGCAAAAGAAAGAACAGAGUGGCUUAACGUUUACAUGGCUUUGUGCAAGAAAAAAUGAGACCUUUGGAAAUACUGCAACACUCCCAGUUGUUGUUCCACAUAACAGUGGAAACAGAUUAAAUGUAAAAGGGUGUUAUGGAAGUGGACCCGGCAAACUGAAUUUCACAGGCGCACAUGCAAAGUUACUCUUAGACCAAAUGGAGCCCAAUAAAAGUUAUAUCAUCCAGUUAAUUGUGGAAAAAGAUUCGAGAAAGGAGAAUAUCUCCUAUGAAUUUGAGUUAAAAAGUGGAAAUAGCUUCCAUCUAGAAAUCAGGUAAGGAGGUUUUCCUAAGGUAUAAGUCUUUCUCAUUCUAUUUUCUCGCUCUGUUACUGUCGCUUCUGGCCACUUUUUGAGAGGUUCAUAAGCACACUUCUCGGCUAAUACGUCACACAUCUAUAAGCCUUUGGGACUCUGCAAACAAAGGAGCUAUCCAGGACAAACUGUUCUAAAAAUACACUGAAAGUAAUCUUCUGAAAAUGUUUAGAUUUCUGAUUCAAAACUAAUUGAGUCCAGGCCCCGAUUGUUCGAAGGUUGGAUAACACUAUCCACUGGAUAAAACUCCAUCCGGUGGAUAACGCAGAAUAUUUUUCUAUCAUUUAUCCGCUGGAUAGCGAUUUAUCCGUUGGAUAGCGUUAUCCGCCCUUUUUACAACUGGGCCCAGGUUUAUAGUUUCUAGGAUCAUUGAAUGUAGUUUUAGCUGUAGCCGUUAAAAAUUUUAGAAUGUAGUAUAAUUUUAUAAUUUUUAUGGCAUAUACUUUAUUUUUGUGAAACUUAAAAUUUCUUUGAUCAAAACACGACCAUAUCAUGGUAUAUCUGAGUGGUUAUGGUCAUGUGAUAUUAUCAUCACUGUUAUUAUCAUCACUGUUGUACUGUUUUGAACCUUCACCUAUAGCGAGGCAGAUUUUUUCCUUCAACUAUGUACACAUACACAAUAAAAAUACAUUGUUCGUUGUAGCAGAAUAAUGUAUUUAUUGUAGACCGAUCUAGCUCGAUCGCGUCUGUCGAAUUCCGCACACACAGAAAUUGAAGGGUAAAAAUUAAACAAAAAUUAUCCACGCCGUCAAAAAGAAAAUUCCUCAAUUUCCUAACCACCCAAUGUCAUGCAUACAGCGCUCCAUGAUUAUAACCCAUAAGAAGAAAACAUAGACUUACCUGAGCCAUGGCAUGUCGGCCAUUUUGUUUUUUUCCGCCAGCCUUUGUGGCCCUCCUCAAUCCUUUGCUCGUGUGAAAUCCCUUAAUUGUAACGCUUUUGUUCCUCUUGCAGAUGCAAAAGAAAUUGUAAACAAAAAGUCAAUCCUGCAGAGAAAAUAUCUUUCGAAGGAUUUUGCGACGGCGAUUCCUGCAAGCAAAAUAACACGUACUUUCGCUGGUCACUUUUCGUAAAAACUGACAUUGGAGAAUUUCAGCCAGUUAUGAUACAAAAUAAUGAAGACCGUUCGCUGCUGGAAAUUGAUAUGCAUAUGUUAGAAGAAGGCAAAAAAUAUGAAUUACAACUUCGAGGAAAUCUUACUGAGAAAAUUAGAAGUUCUGCGACUUAUCCUUUCACAACAAACCAGUCCCCUCGAGGAGGAAACUGCACUGUUGAUCGAUUCACUGGUCAAGUUUUGGUGACAAAUUUUACAUUUUCCUGUUUCGGUUGGCUGGAUGAGGACAAGGACUUGAUUUAUCAAUUUGGGUACAAGUCGAGUAGCGGGGUGUAUGAAAUACUUCAGGAGAGCCCUUCGCCUUAUUUAAAGACUAACAAGCUUCCUCUUGGCGACUCCGAAAAAGAAAAUAUGUUCUGGUUGGAUAUCUAUGUCAAAGACCAAUGGGGGGGAUUUGGGUCCAAAACUGUAAAGGUUAAGGUGAGUUCAAAUGUAACGCCAGGUGGUAAUUUUACUAUAUUAGCCGCCAUUACAAGAGCGUGACACGAUGUUCCAGGCAAAAUGUAACGCAAUCUUAGCGCUUAUAGAAACCAUUUAGAAAAUGAAAUGUAGUUUAGAUCGCAGGAAUUUUCGUGAUUGAGGCAAUUUAUUUAAGGCUUAAUAAGAUUGUUAUUUGCUAAUGACAACGUGCUCUUGUGCACGACCUCUAGAUACAUCUUACAUGAACAAUUAUUUCAAUUAAGAUAUCUCUAUACACGUAAUUUUUCCUUUCGAAGAUUCUCUCGAGUCGGACAAUAAAUGCAACGACCCUGUAUCGAUACACCAUGGGAAAUAAUAGCGAGAUGGCUAAAUUACUGGAAAGCGAAGAUGGUGGCAAGGAUGCCAUGCGGCUGGCAAACACCUUACUGUCUGUGAUGUCCGCAACUACCGACAAAGAAGUGAAAAAAGAGGACAAAAUAAAGGUAGAAGUUACGUUACCUUAAAUUGGCAGAAAGUGCCCCAUCCAAAAGAAAUGUUGCACUGGUAGUGAUUCAUCGCAUCGAUAACGAAAUAAAGGCCACGGCUCAAACAUUGAUAUGAAUGAAUUACUUAUUCAAAAACCGUCUUAAGAAGCAUGAAGGCUUAACCCCCCUCUGGCAUUGAUACUCGUACUCUACACGCUGUUCUUUUAACACUUCCUCUGUUACUGACAAGGAUUAUUUGCUACACAACAAGGAGCUCCUUAAUUAGUUAUCAUUUUCAAUAUUUUCAUUGCUUUAAUGUUUGAUUCAAAGCUGAUAGGAGAAAGUAGAUAUUUGUCACUCUUAGGCGUCGAAGGGUUAACCUCGUUUUAGAAAUCUUUGAAUGGUUGUAAGAGCUCGAAACCAUUUUAUUGGUAGAGCUACAAAAGAUAAGAGAAGGCAAUUUAAAAAUGACGAAAAGAUAACAGCAACGUUUGACUGAAAAGCAUAUGCCAGAGCUCCUGUGUAAAAUUGGCUUUUAUUCAUAGUAAUGUGAAAUGUCGCUUUUUAGUUCAAGGACGAAAUGAUCAAACAUUCAUCAAAAGUCAAAGUAAAUGACCUGCAGGGAAUUAUUCUUGUGACUUCAGUUGUGGCCAGUGCGACUGACAAAAGUGAAGAACUCUCGGAAAAAUCUCAGGUAGGUAAAUUGCAUUUAUGUGUAAAGCACCAAAGAAAGAUAUUUUGAAAGUCUCGUAUGGAUAAAAGCCAAGAUUUUUUUUUCACGAUACAAAAUCCGCCAUUUGAAAGGAUGCAGCCAAAAGUAAUAGUAACCUCAAAACUUUAGUCUACAAACCAAAGCAGUCUCAUUGACCACCAUAGACUGAGCCUUUUCAAGGUCCCUGGUGAAGGAUGUGAUAUUCUUUUUCAUAAGUUUAGGAGUUAUUAACUUUGUAUUAUUACACCACGAAUGUCCUGAACGAAAUUAGCAUCUCAUUGACCUUUUUUUUUCUUUUUUCUUUUUUUUUUUUCUUUUUUUUUACUGUAGUGGACUUCGGUGGAUGUUUUGGAAAGAAUGACAAACAAGUUUCAAAACAUUACCGUUGAAGGAAGUGACAAAGAUCCCACCGGCAUCGAGAAGGCAGGAAACAAUCUGUUGGUGGGGAUUGGCAACGUGCUUGAUGCAAAUGCCGUGAAAGCUGACACAAACAACAAGAAAGACGAAACAAGCGAAGAAAGCAGCAAAGUUAACUUAACAAAGGUCACUAAUUUUUACUCUCGUUUUAUAAUCACAUUAUCCGUCAAUCAGUUUGCAGCUGCGACAUUCCCCACCAGGCAAUUCCCCUGAGAAUUUGAACCUUUGAACGAUUCUCUGUGUGAUCAACAAAUGUUGUAGAAUUUAGCAAAGUCACGUAGUAGUUUUUGGUACCGUUGUUUGGUUUUUUUAGUAUUAUUCUACGAUGUGAAAAUUUCCCUCUAAGCCAUUUCUCUUUACCUCUAAACUCCUCCAUAUUUGAAAUUGAAACACGUGCAUUCCGCCGUGGUUCAAACUACCCCCUCCCCCACCAAGGCAAGGUUCAAAUUUCCCACACCAGGUACACGGACGGCGGCCAAAUGCCCGCGGGUUGUCUAUUGGGGAUGUUAAAACUUCGAAUUGAUUAGUGCAUUUGCGUGAUUAUUUGAGCAAACCUUCCAUCUGUUUACUGGCGUAAUAACCCACUUAAGAUUUUGGUAGCACUUGAGAAAAGUUUGUAAUCACGAGCCGGAGGCUAUGGGCUUACUAGUGCAAUAGAUGACAGGUUUUUGACAAAACAGAGCGCUAGUAGUAUCUCAGUCGUCAAGAUAAAUGAUCGUAAAUUCGCAAAAUGUGGAAUCUGCGUUUGACAAAAGAGGGACAAGAGAGUCAGGUUUCAUUCAAGUUUCCUGACACCCUCAGCAUUGUUGAGUGUUCACAUUUUUCCCCUUAUACAGAUAAAAGUUCUUGCCGAAAAAGCCUUCAUACUGAUUACCAAAGUCGGAGACAGCAUGUUAUCAUCAAGAGAAGUCGAUGAUGAACCCGUUGAAGUUGAGACCAAGGCGAUAUUCAUGAGGUUAGAGAGACAGACUCCAGGAUCAAUCAGCGACAAACCCGCCAAGAUAAAGGACAGCAAAGUGACAUUCCCUCCGUCUGAGGAGCUAUUGGGUCCCCAAGCACAGGAAACGAAAUACGUGGACACACAGGUAAGAAUUUACAAUGGCAAAGGAGUAAGGUAUACAGACGAAAAGAUGAAGUCGCAGACAGACAAACAGAAACCUUUACUGGAAUAUAGGAAAUUAACGCAUGACUGACCGGCCCACUCCCCCACUCCCACCGCCAGGUCGGUUGCCCCACUUACCUAGCUGCCAACCUUUCUCACCAACUGAGCUACGAAUUCACCAUUCAACCAACUUACUGGGUGACUGACUGACAAUGAUUUUCACUGACAAGUUUUAACUUUCAUUUUUUCCCAGAUGCUCUCUUUAAAGCAUAAUCCCUUUUCGUGGGACAAAAGCGCCAAGCUUGUAAAGUCAGCUGUGAUCAGCAUAGACCUUAAGAACGAUAAAGGAGAGGUUCUUGAAGUCUCGGAACUGUCUCAAGAAAUCGAGCUUUACAUCAAAACAGAUAGACCACAGACACCGCAGGUUCCUUUGCACUCUUUUGUGAAACCAAGUGUUAAUGGAAGUAUGCGAAACCACAGAGUUGUCAUUUCCGAAGAGGGAAUGGUAGUAAGCGUCAAGGUGGUCCCAUCAAACGGAUCAAAACUACAAGUUUAUUUUCGCUAUCUUCGCCGACCGACAAUAUCAAACUACGAUUUCAUGGCUGAGGUCCCAGAUUUCACCUCAUGUAAAAGGCAUGCCAAAGGAUUUAGGAACAACUCGAGCAAUGAAAUGCUCAGUGGGUAUUUUAACUGCACCAAGGAUCCUUACGUACUGACGCUUUCCAGUGACGUCACCAGUCACAUCGGUUUACAUUACAUUGGAAUUCGUCUGCCUGGCUCCGAUGGCUUUUCAAAGGAAAUUAAACGCAGGCGCAGAUCUUGCUCUGAAAACGGAAGACACAGGAGGUCGGAAAUGUGUGUGGAGUUUAAGGAUCCCCCGACAACUCCUCCCCCGACCCCCAGGGUGAUUGUUCCGGAGUAUGAUCCCAGUACUGAUGUAAACUACACAUUGUCAAUCUCCAUGGGAGCAUGUUUGUAUUGGUCCGAAGCUAAAGAGAAAUGGACAUCAUACGGCUGCAGAGUGAGUGAAAUUUAUUAUUUUCAAUAGCUACACUUUUUUUAGUAAUUAGUUUUUUGGUGGGUUUGCCUUUUCUAGCUUUGCGACAUCUCCUUACAUACGCUUAAAACAUGGCCGAAAAUCAUAAGUUUAAACAGGUAGCCAGAAAAAAAUGUCAUAGGAUAAGCAGUGGAGGUGACGAGUCUUACUAAAAUUGACUCAAUGGUACCCAAAAUAAGCCAAAGAAAGGUUCCUGAAAAAUCGAAUAUCGUCGAAACGUUACCAUAAAACCGUGGGUGAGCCUAACUUAACCUAAUACUUAUCUCAUAGCAGCGCAGGUGAUAUUUUUAGUAUCGUGUUUAUCUUUGUUUCCGAGCGACUGAUGCAAAAUCCUUUGACUCGAAGUCUGGGCCUCGCUAGAGAAUAUACAAAGAUUGCAGACUCCGCGCACGCCUUAGAAAGAAUUGAAAUUGUAAUUUCCAUCAUCUUUUUUUACUCUUUUUACCUUCAAUCAAGGUUGGGCCAAAGCCAGUCAAUGGUUCUGUUCAGUGCCUCUGCACACAUCUCUCUGCGUUCGGCGGUGACUUUUUGGUUGCUCCCAAUCCUAUCGACUUUGACCAAGUGUGGGACGCGUUCAGUAACAUCUUAGAGACAAAAAACUUUGUAGUGCUUGGUACAGUAUGUGCAAUGCUUGGAAUUUCCUUAAUUGUGGUGGUUUUUGCACGGCGGGCGGAUCAAAGUGACAGACAGAAGGUAAGGAAACGUCGUUAAAUGUACAAUAGAAAACCUUUUCAUUCCCAAGACAGAAUUUCUCCUCAGUGCGGUGCUGCAUCGGUGGGAGAGUAUAACAGGAUAACUUAGUAUUAUCAUUUGACCUGAUAACAUGGAUUGGCCACCGUAAAGAAUUUCAAAGCUGACGUUUCGAGCGUUAGCUCUUCGUUGGAGCUCUGAUGAAGGGCUUCGACGAAGGGCUAACGCUCGAAACGUCAGCUUUGAAACUCUUUACGGUGGCCAAUCAAAUUUAUCAACGCAGUUGAUCAUACCAAAUUACCCUGUUACGUCUUACAGUUCGCUCUGUGAUUAGAACGUGUAGUUUUAACUUACUCAUGAUAAUUGGUCCAUCCAUUCAAUUCUCUUUGUGUCCCCGAGCGCACAAGACCAUGAGUAAAGUGUAUCAAAGAGAGAGCUGAUGUUUUUUGUUUAACUUUUAGGUAACCCAGGUGAUUCCUUUAGGAGACGUUUAUCCCAAUAGCCACUGUUACGAGCUGAAAAUUUACACUGGUUUGUGGCGGCUAAGCGGAACCUCCGCUAAUGUGGCCGUCAUGAUUUACGGAGACAUAGACACAGAUGUAAUCCCGCUGAACUGCAGCACCAUGUGCAGCAAAAAGCUGUUUGCUCGGGGAAGUGUUAACACAUUUAUAUUGUCGCUAAAGGAAUCGCUGGGUGAUAUAUCACAUAUCAAAAUCUGGCAUGAUAACUCUGGAGAAAAUCCUCAAUGGUUCGUCAACAAAAUCGUCAUCCGGGAUGCGACUUCGGAUACCACAUGGCAUUUUUUGUGUAACCGCUGGAUAGCAGCCGAAAGGGAAGAUGGUAAAAUUGAGCGCGUCUUCUACGCGUCGUCCACCAAGGAAGUCAACAGUUUUAAGAACAAGUUUUACAGUCGGGUGUCUAUGGGGCUUGGUGACGGGCAUGUGUGGCUGUCGGUUAUCACCAGACCCCCGACGAGUUCAUUUACGCGUGUUCAGCGUGUGUCGUGUUGCUUAUCCGUGUUGAUGUCUGCAAUGGUUACGAAUGCCAUGUUUUAUCAGUUUGGCGCUAUGGAUAACGACAACGCUUUUCACUUUGGGCCGUUCGUAUUAAGCUGGCGACAGAUCAUUAUCGGUUUACAAAGUGCUGUCUUGGUUGUUCCUGUGAACGUGUUGAUCGUGUUUCUGUUCCGCAACAGCAGACGUAGACAAGAGGUGACUCAAGCCUUCAACACAAACAGUGACAACUUCACGGUGGACGAAACGCACAGAACAGGCUGCUUCUUGUCGCGAUUCUUUGUUUAUAUCGCCUGGGCACUAUGCAUUUUGACUUCUCUAACUUCAGCUGCUUUCACUGUCUUCUACAGCAUGAUGUGGGGCACUGAAGUGUCUAACAAAUGGCUAACUUCCAUCUUGGUGUCUUUCACCCAAGACAUUCUGUUUAUUCAACCAAUCAAGGUAGUAAUUGUAGCUUCAUUGUUGGCGUUACUCAUCAAGAAGGCGCCGGAGGAUGAGAGCGAUAAAGAAAACGAGAAGUCAGUGGCGCAGUCUAUAGUUAAGGUAUGUUGAUUAACAUAGCGUCGGAGAAGAUAUCUCCAAAAACGAAAUUCAUACAAGUAACAUGUAAGGGAAACCUGACGAAAUGCCAGGGAGCAGGGGCCUGUCGAGGGGGAGGGAGAGGAGGGUCUCUCUGAUAUAACUCUUAAUUCUAUUUUCGUUCUUUCUCAUUAGGGGGAAUCCCAUAAACCACUGAAACCCGACAACCAGCAGCUAGAAAAGUUUCGGGAGUACCGCUUACGAGUGAUGGUGAUGGCGCGAGUUCUCAUUGAAUUGGCUUUCUACUUGAUCUUUGCCUGGGCACUGAUGACGAUAUCUUACGGUAGGAGAGACACUGGGCACUAUUGGAUGACAAAGGGAAUUGAUGACCUGUUGCCGAAAUUUGACAGGGUAAACCUUUAUUUUCAACACUUCUUUUAAACUUGAGCAAACACCCCUUUAAAAUGAAAACUGAAAAUAAACUCAAGAGUCGCAUCAGCUAAAGAUGCGAGAAGUGUCUUUUUAAUUGAGAUUUUUGUUGAUAUCAUUUUUUGAGUGUCAAUGCUUAACACACAUCUAUCUUGAGUUUAAACACGGCUGCGAACAAGGGAAGUUUUCGGAACCGGUCAUUACCGGAAAGUUCAAAACACGGGCCCCAGGUCUGACGGUAAAAGGAGAAAACAUUUAAAGACCACGCAGAUGAAAAACCUUAACAAGUGAUUUGUUUCCUCAAAGGUCCGGGAUACUAACACUUUUUGGGCGUGGACCCAGAAAUACCUGGUUCCCGCUGUGUAUGACGUAAAGUGGUACAACGGACAGCCCUUCGAGUACAAAGAAGGAUUUAUGUCAGACAUGUCCGGAUACUUAGUUGGUAUGCCCCGCUUUAGGCAGCUCAGGGUGAAACAAGGUAGGAAAUAUUCCUGUAUUAUUAUUAUGGAAAACCAGCGAACAUUUUACAACUCGGUCGAAACGUACUGUUGUUCGUUUAUUUGCCUACCGACUAGGAAUGUUGCUCGUCUAACUAUACUUAGUAACCAGCUGUAUCUGUAACUAGUCCUUUGCUUUGGGUAAUGAGAGACAAGUGUCUCGCUUUUCAGUUUAAAUGACUGGCCAUGAGUCAAUAAACUGCCAUUUAAAAUUCAUGUAGUACUAAGGUAAAUUUUAAACAAAACGGUGAGAAUAAUUAUUCACAAAAUACUUCGGGCCCAUGGUUCUGUACUUUUCACACAAAAUAUUGUAUUAAUUGGUUUGAUUACCAUUUUACUCCAGGCCCGUGUCCUAUUUCACCUCGGUAUUCCGAGUUCAGAGAGACACUGCACCCUUGUCUACCACCUUAUAGUGGGGACAGUGAGGACCAAACCCUCUACAGUAUGCCACAAUGGCGGAAAAUUCCAACCAAUGAAACGGUGCUGCUUUCGGAAUUUGCACUGCGUCGGAUGUGCCCGAGACCUUGGCGUUACAAAACGUCGGAAGAGCUGCAGAGUCUUCCACUUCAAGGUCUACGAGCACUUUACGGAGGAGGUGGAUUCGUAGCAGAUCUCGGCUACACAAAGGCAUCCGCCCUGAGAGUCAUAACAAACUUGCAGAAUAAUUCAUGGAUUGAUGAAAAAACGCGUGCGGUUCUUAUCGAGUUUAUGGUUUUUGACUCGUCCACAAAUCUUUUCAGCGCUGUCUCUUACAUUUAUGAGGCUCUGCCCUUGGGUGGUGCAGCUACGUUUAAGAGAAUCAACACGAUGUCACUGUACGGUGCGACGGGAAAGCGUUCUUUUAGCGCGGUGUGCGAGCUAAUAGUACUUCUCAUGGUGUUCUACUUUAUCACUGCUGAGGCAGUAAAAAUCUGGAAGGAAAAAUGCUCCUAUUUCAAGUCCGCAUGGGCUUAUGUGGAGAUGGCACAGAUUUUGUCUGCAAUUGCCACAGUUGUGCUUUCCAUUUUCCAAAGGUACUAUACAACGAAGCUGGUGAACAGAAUUCACGCAAAUCCCUUUGAAACUUCAAGCUUUCACUACACUGUGAUGUGGUCAGAUCUUGAAAAUGCGCUUAUAGCCGUCCUAGUAUUCAUUUUGACCAUAAAAGUUCUCAAGAUCUUACAAUUUAACGAGCACAUUUCUAGUUUGGCAGCAAGCAUGGUACGCUGCCGCGCCAAAAUCGUUUCCUACUCGGCUGUCUUUAUGGUGGCAUUCCUAGCCUUCAUGCAAGUCGCACUUCUCGUCUUCGGUAGCACAACGAAAGCGUACUCGAGUGUUUCCGAAGUCUUCCGAACUCAGUUCGGAUUGUUUAUCGGAGGAGACACGGACUACCAAGAUCUUAAGUCGGCCAAUCGGAUUAUUGGACCAAUCUACUUCUUUCUGUUCAUGACCACCAUGGCUUCUAUACUUAUAAACAUGUUUCUGGCGAUCCUGAAUGAAUCAUACCGAGAAGUGAGAGUUUACCCCGAUCGAGAGCACGAAGAGGCUGAAAUGCUGAGGGUGUUUUUGGACUAUGCUAAGAAAAAAGUGAGCAAAAAGCUGACUUCGUUUCAGGAUACAAAAUUUCUUCCAAGGAGAGACAGCUACAGCGUUCAAAAUCAACACUCACAAUACAAGAAAAAGUUUGAAGAAGACUGUAAGUACACACCGAUAAACUGGAGCAACUGCGACUCUAUCAGCGAGAAAGGUCUGAUGGGUAACGUUAAUGUUACUGAGAGUUCGUUUCUCGAAGAUAUUAAAAAACGCUUGAGAAAUAUCAGCAGCGAGCUGAGAGACAUUUCUAUCUUGCAUCGCUCGCGAAGGUACAAAGUCUAUGAAGUUCAAAAGAAGAAUGGCAUCCAGGAUCAGAAGUUUGACGAAGACUUGCGGGUGCCCUGCAGGGGACUGGGAAUAGAAAAAGUGUCCAGUAAAUGCAGCUUAUUUAGUUUGAGUGAAAGUACAAUGUACAUUGACAGACUACGUAAGGGUCGUGACUCAGUGAGAAAGUUGCUAGGCAACGAAGACUCCUCCGAUGUCGAAGAUACCGCGUGGGACGAUGGGACGUCUUACGCUGAGUCUAUGACAACCUUCUUUGGCGGUUCUGGGACUAUUUAUGACAUGGAUAGAGAGCCUUUCAGAGACUCGGACGCUAGUGAUUUUCAGGAUAGAGAAAGCUACAUUUAG